AGAGAAAGAGCACGAAAUUAAACAUUAUGGAUAUCAAUCUAUUCCGUGAGGAGAAAGGUAACAAUCCAGAGAUCAUCAGGGAAUCGCAACGUCGGAGAUUUGCCAACGUUGAGAUUGUUGAUGAGAUUAUUAAACACGACAAAGAAUGGCGUCAGUGUCAAUAUGAAGUUGAUAGCUUCAGGAAAGAGUUCAACAAGCUCAAUAAACACGUGGCUGAGCUAAAAAUUGCUAAAGCUGAUGCGACUGAGAUUAUUCAGCAAACGGAGAAAAACAAACAGGACGCUACCGCGAGAGAGGUUGAAGUUCGUGAAGCUUUUGCUACUUUGCAAGCCAAAUUGUUGACAGUUGGAAAUCUGGUUCAUGACUCGGUUCCAUUUGAUAAGGACGAGGCAAAUAAUCUUGUGAUUAAACUGUUUGGUGAAAAGCGGUUUUCUACACUUGAUCUGAAGCUGAAAAACCAUGUGGAUCUCGUUGAGCUUCUCUGUAUUGCAGAUACCAAAAGAGGUGCUGAUAUUGCUGGAGGGAGAGGUUAUUUCUUAAAAGGAUUUGGUGUGAGGCUUAACCAAGCUCUUAUCAACUUUGCGCUAGACUCUUUGGAAGAUAGAGGAUUUACGCCUUUACAACCUCCGUUUUUCAUGAAGAGGGAUGUUAUGGCCAAAUGCGCACAACUGGCACAGUUUGAUGAAGAGCUUUACAAGGUGACUGGUGAAGGAGAUGACAAAUUUCUUAUUGCAACUGCUGAGCAACCUCUUUGUGCAUACCAUCGUAAUCAAACGAUCCAUCCGACCGAGCUUCCCAAAAGAUAUGCUGGUUACUCGACCUGUUUUAGAAAAGAAGCUGGUUCUCAUGGAAGAGAUACACUUGGAAUUUUCCGUGUUCACCAGUUUGAGAAAGUUGAACAGUUUUGCAUCACCAGUCCUAAUGAUUCGUGGGCGAUGCUCGAAGAGAUGUUAAAGAACUCGGAAGAAUUUUACCAAGCGCUUAAAAUUCCAUACCGAGUUGUAUCGGUUGUCUCUGGAGCUUUGAACGAUGCAGCUGCUAAAAAGUAUGACCUGGAAGGAUGGUUUCCUGCUUCAGAGACUUACAGAGAGCUUGUGUCCUGUUCAAACUGUACAGACUAUCAGUCUCGAAGGCUUGAUAUUAGAUAUGGUCAGAAUAAGAGCAAUGGUCAGACGAAGCAGUAUGUUCAUAUGUUGAAUUCGACUCUUACCGCGACAGAGAGGACCAUUUGCUGUAUUCUUGAGAACUACCAGCGAGAGGAUGGUGUUGACAUUCCUGAGGUUUUGCAGCCGUAUAUGGGCGGCAAGAAGUUUAUGCCUUUCAAAAGAUGAAGUCUGUCCAACAAGUCUUGCAAAUUAUAAAAUACAGAUUUUCUUUACUUUCCAUUUGUUAAAAAUCUUCUUGUAUUUGGUUUUCAAUAAAAUUUUAACUUUAAU